GCACAUUAGAACGCACCCCCGUUCAUAGUAGCAAGUUUGCGAUUACAUUGUGCGGCGUAGUGACUGCGAAAAACUUCAAAAUGACUUCCACGGACUUUUACCUGCGUUAUUACGUCGGUCACAAGGGCAAAUUCGGCCACGAAUUCCUCGAGUUUGAGUUUCGGCCAGAUGGCAAACUGCGGUACGCGAACAACUCGAACUACAAGAACGACACCAUGAUCCGGAAAGAGGCCUACGUGCACAAGUGUGUCAUGGAAGAGCUGAAGCGCAUCAUCGACGACUCUGAAAUCAUGCGUGAAGAUGAUGGAAUGUGGCCCCACCCAGACCGCAUUGGACGACAGGAGCUGGAAAUUGUAAUGGGUGACGAGCACGUGUCAUUCACGACGUCCAAGAUCGGCUCGCUGGUGGACGUCAACCAGAGCAAGGAUCCCGAGGGUCUGCGCUGCUUUUACUACCUGGUGCAGGACCUCAAAUGCCUCGUCUUCUCCCUCAUUGGCCUGCACUUCAAGAUCAAGCCCAUCUAGAUCUCUCAACAAUAAAUGCUUGCGUACUCUGCCAACUGGCA